UCACCUGGCAGGCAGCUGUAAAAGAUAGUACCUCAGCCUAUUCUAUAGCAUCAUACUGUGAGUGUACUAGAAGCACUUUCUAAAUCUGGAACAGAACAAAGUAUUCCAACAACAAUGGAAACUGCAGUAGCCAUCUCUCUCACUCUGUUCAUACUCACAGGUCUCUGUGCUGGUCAGGGUCUGUUUCCACAAGGUUCUGUGAAUGGAGCAGAAGGAGGGACAGCGAUGUUCAGCACAAAUCUAAUCCCACCAGCCCAGCCGUUCAUAACAAUAUCCUGGAGUGUUGGUGGAGCCAACAUUAUAACCUCUACCGGUGAUGACUCUAUAGGGCCUGGAUACGGAGACAGGAUCACUCUGAACAAAGCUACUGGAUCUCUGGAGCUCAGGAAUCUGACCCUGGCUGACAGUGGAGGAUACAGAGUGGCUAUAACAACAGCUACAGCAGAAACAAUCAAUGGAUCAACUGUACUGGUUGUGUAUGAGAAUGUUUCUGAUGCCAACAUCACAGGACCACCAAACCAUCUGUUUGCAGAUGUGAGCUCCGCCAACUUAACCUGUGAGGCUGCUGGUAACAUCACUACUAUACAAUGGACGAAGGAAGGUCAGCUUCUGUCUGCUGGUGGCAAUAUAUUAUUCUCAGAGGAAAACAGGAAAGUAUCCAUCAGUCCUGUGAAGAGACACGACAGCGGAGAAUAUGUGUGUAAACUCACCAACCCUGUUAGCUCUGCUACUGCCUCCUAUAACGUGAUAGUGAACUAUGGACCAGAGUCCAUGACCAUCCUGGGCAGACACAUCGCUGAGGUGGAGUCAUUCACCCUUAUUUACUGUUCUGUUCAGUCUGUACCGCCUGCUACGUUCACCUGGUUGUUCAACGGGCAGCAGACAGGUGUACAUGAAGCUGGAUACAUCAUAAGGAGCGUCAGCUACAACAACAGUGGGGACUACAGAUGUGAUGCUAGGAAUGAUCUCACCGGAAAUGUUAUCAGUGUGGACCAUAGUCUGUCAGUGAAAGAUAAAACCCCUCCACCCCUAAGCCCAGAGGGAGCAGCAGGUAUAGCAGUUGCUGUGAUGUUGGUAGUGGUUGCUGUAGCUCUUGGUCUCUAUUUCGGCAUAUCUCAUCAACGGAACAAUUCCACAAAUACUACUGGGACAGGAAGCAGCCAUGCACCUGACACCAGCCAUGGACCAGGAACCAGCCUUGCACCUGACACCAGCCAUGGACCAGGAGCAAAAGGUGGUCGUGUGUAUGAGAAUGUAGGACCUCCAUUACCACCUCCAAGAGGCUCCAACAUAUACAACAGAAGUAUAAAGUGAGCAGCUGUUUCAACUAAUCGUCCACAGUUGGCUAUGGAUUCACCCAUCAGGUUUUACACCGUAAUCAAAUAAAUGCAGAGAGGACAAACAUUCACUGGAGGACCAGCCAAGAAGACUAGAAACUAGACCCUACUGGACUCCACUACUGAGUAGACACUAGUCUUUGUACUGUACAGCUCAGCCAUCCAGCUAUGUAUACAGUACUUGCUCAAUGUAAUGCGUUUUCAUAGAAACCUCCCCUACUGAACCACAUUUUGCAACAGGUAACAGCAACUUUUUUUCACUGAAAGGAGGAAGAUGAGAGGAAGAUGGAGUAAUCCUGUUGUGCUUGCUGAAUCCUCACAAAACUAGUGAGAACUAGACUGCCUAUGUGGCUCUGGCCAAAAUAAGUGCACUAUAUAGGAUGCGAAAUAUUAACUGAAAUUCCAAUAAAAGAAUGGUGUUAAAUGUU